AUGUCUCUUCCGAAGCGGGAGGUCGAGGAAUUAAGGCCAUGGGUGGAGCGCACCGUCAAGAAGGUGCUGGGGUUUUCUGAGCCCACCGUGGUCACUGCAGCUCUGCACUGUGUGGGAAAAGGACUGGACAAGAGGAAGACCAUAGAUCAGCUGCGUCCUUUCCUUGACGACUCUGCCGGAGGUUUUGUGGAGCGUCUGUUUGAGGCGCUCGAGGAGAGUCGAAGCUCCCGAGGCAUCAAAGGAGCCGGAGAGAAGAAUCGCAAAAGAGAGCUGAAGGAUGUGUUUGGCGAUGAGACCGAACCGGGCGCCGUACGCGAAGCCGUUGACCCUGGAGACGGAACGGUGCCAAAGAGGAAGCGGACCCCUCGCUUUGAGGAGGUGGUGGAGGAGCCUGAAGUCAUACCUGGACCUCCGUCUGAGAGUCCCGGCAUGCUCACCAAAAUGCAGAUCAAACAGAUGAUGGAGGCAGCCACAAAACAGAUUGAAGAGAGGAAGAAACAGCUGAGCUUUAGCUCUCCGGUCGCUGGUGGAGCGUCGCAGCUGGAUGUCUCUUCCGUCUCUCGGCUUCUCGGAGCUUCCGCCGCAGCCGGUGGCGCCUCCUCCAUCGCCCCGUCGCAGGCGGCCAGCUUCAUGAAUGACGCCAUCGAGAAGGCGCGCAAAGCCGCCGAGCUGCAGGCCCGCAUCCAGUCCCAGUUAUCCAUGAAACCCGGGAUCCUGGGAGUCCUGCCCAACACCGGCCCUCACAACCUGGUGGCUCUGGCUAACCUGCACGCCAUGGGAAUCGCUCCACCGAAAGUAGAAGUGAAGGAAGUAAACAAGCCGACGCCUCUCAUUCUGGAUGAGAAGGGAAGAACUGUGGACGCCACUGGUAAAGAAGUGGAGCUCACACAUCGUAUGCCCACACUGAAAGCAAACAUUCGAGCGGUGAAAAGGGAGCAGUUCCGCCAGCAGCUGAAGGAGAAGCCGGGGGAUGACUUGGAAUCCACGUCGUACUUUGACCAGCGCGUCCUGGCCACUCCGGCUCAGCGCCCUCGCAGGGGCUUCAAGUUCCACGAGCAGGGCCGCUUCGAGAAGAUUGCUCAGAGAAUUAGAACUAAGGCCCAGCUGGAACGGUUACAGAAUGAGAUUGCCCAGGCUGCCAGAAAGACUGGAAUCCAGGCGUCCACCAAACUGGCGCUGAUCGCCCCCAAAAAAGAGAUCGGGGACGACGAGGUGCCCAGCAUCGAGUGGUGGGACUCCUUCAUUCUGCCCUCCCACAUAGAAUUCAAUUCGAGCACAAAUUUUGAGGAGUAUGAUUUGUUUGGUGUGACCAACCUGGUCGAACAUCCCGCCCAGAUCAGCCCUCCAGUCGACACAGAUAAGCCUGUUACGUUGGGAGUAUAUCUGACAAAGAAAGAACAGAAGAAACUGAGAAGACAAACGCGGAGAGAGGGACAGAAAGAAGUGCAAGAGAAGGUCCGUUUGGGGCUGAUGCCUCCGCCGGAACCCAAAGUACGUAUUUCCAACUUGAUGAGAGUUCUGGGCACGGAGGCAGUUCAGGACCCCACAAAGGUGGAAGCCCACGUCAGAGCGCAGAUGGCCAAAAGACAAAAGGCUCACGAGGAGGCCAACGCAGCCCGGAAGCUCACCGCAGAGCAGAGGAAGGAGAAGAAGGUGAAGAAGUUAAGAGAAGACCUCACCAACGGCGUUCACAUCGCGGUGUACAGGGUCCGCAACCUGCAAAAUCCUGCUAAGAAGUUUAAAGUGGAGGCCAACGCCAACCAGCUCUACCUGACGGGAACCGUCGUCCUGCACAAAGACGUAAACCUGAUUGUGGUGGAAGGAGGUCCUAAAUCCCAGAAAAAAUUCAAGAGACUGAUGAUGCACAGAGUCAAAUGGGAGGAACACAACUCUAAAAGAGACGAUCCAGACGGCGACGACGACACGAAGAGGAACAAUAAAUGUUGGUUGAUUUGGGAGGGAACGGCGAAGGAGCGCAGCUUUGGCGAGAUGAAGUUCAAGCAGUGUCCCACGGAGAACAUGGCCCGGGAACACUUCAAGAAGCACGGCACAGAACACUACUGGGACCUGGCGCUCAGUCAGAGCGUAUUGGACUGCUCGGAUGACUGAAACCCGCCUGUGAGGAACCUCAGUGAGAGCCUGAGCCCCCGCAGCCCGACGGCAGCAGACCUCACACUGCUGGCUGCCCGGCCCCAGCCGGGCGUCCAGUCAAGAGACUUGUCCUGAAAGGAGGAACGAAAGCCUGUGUGGAUGUCUUUUGUUUUUUUUUGUGAGAAUGUGUGAGAGACGAGAGCUGUGUAGGAAAGUGUGUGUGUGUGUGUGUGUGUGUGUGUGUGUGUGUGUGUGUGUGUAGGUCUUCAUCAGUGUUCAUUUCAUGUGGCGGUAGGCUUCAGUUGCGUCUAUUUUGUUAUGUAUCAUUGAAACGGAGUGACAGGUCGCACUGACAUGAAUCUCUUCCUCAAGGCUUUAUGUGAGGAGGCGAGCUGGACGGUUUGAGCUGAGAAACCCACUAACCAUAAUCAGAGUUUCAUUCAGACUCUUGAUCCAGAAAAGAAUACAGCUCUUUAAUGGGUGAAUUCACAGCUAAUGUGAAAACACAUAAAAAAAAAAAAAAAAAAAAAAGAUUCUGUUGUCUUUCCUGAGGCGUUUCAGUUUAAAG